UACUUGGGCGUGUCCCUGAUAUGUCCAUGUUUGUGUUUAAAAUUUAACUCUUGUGAUGAUUUCACUCCCUUUAUGAUAUCACUUUCAUUCCUUUUAUGUGAAAAUGAAUAUGGAGUGAACGUGAAUGUCACUCCUUUUAUGAUUUCACUCCUUUUAAUUCUAUUUGAGGUCCAUCCCAUAAAAUCAAAUCACACUAGAGGACAAGACCAUGGAGAUCAAAUUCAAAUAUUUUCUAUAUUUAUUUUUGUCCAAAUUGUGUAUGUAAGUGUAUGUAAAAUCAAAAUCUGA